CGGCGGAGUCCGUCUUGCCUUGCUGAUUUGCAGCGUGCAGUGCAGUGAUUUUGUUUAACAUUAUUUAACUUAUAGCAUUUACUAUGGAGGAAAACGUAGCUUUAGACUCCACAAAGCAGAGGAAAUUCAACAAAUCUAUUAAAGGAAUUAAAAAGCUUUUAAAGAAAAAUGAAGAUAAACCCCAUACGCCCGCGGUACUGGCCCCAAAGGAUGAUGAAAAUAAGAUACAAAAAGCGAAGAAAAAGCGCCCAGAAAGAGGAUUGGUGUAUUUAUCUCAUAUCCCGCACGGAUUUUAUGAGCAUGAAAUGACACAGUAUUUCAAGCAGUUUGGCAUGGUGACCAAGGUGCGUGUGAUUAGAUCCCCGCGCACCGGCCGCUCCAAGGGCUAUGCGUUUGUGGAAUUCCGAGAGCCCGCUGUCGCUGAGAUUGUGGCUGAGACUAUGAACAACUAUCUCAUGGGGAAGAGACUGAUCAAAGCUGCCGUAAUUCCACCUGAGAAACAAAAGCACAAUGCCGUCAGGAAAUUCUGGACCACUAGACACAACCCCACUGCAGACAGGAGGAUUAAAGAGAGAAAGGCUCACAAUGCUGAUAAGACUGAUGCAGAGCAUAUAAAGAAGGCUAAAAAAAUGCUUUUAAAUCUUCAGAAAACUAAGAAGAAGCUCAUUGAUCUAGGCAUAAACUAUGAUUUCUUCAAACCCGUUGAUGUUCCCGCAGCACUCUUAGAAAAUGUUAAAUCCGAGUCAGGAGAUAAAGCAGUUAAAGUAAAGAAAGAGAAAGUGGAAAAGCAGAACAAAAAGAAGCAAACCAAUGCUACAGAAAAGCAGACAAAAGAAAAGAAACCAGAAAUCAAACAACAAAAGUUACUUGAAGGAAAAAACAAGAAAGAGGUCAAGAAACCUCAAGAAAGUGAUAAGGCAAAACAGAACGAGAAACAAAAGAAGAUGCAAGCAGCUGGUGUGAAACUUCCAGAAAACUUCAUCAAAGUCGCGGAGGAGGAAGAAGACAGUGACAGUUCUUUAGACUUUGACUCUGAUGAGUAUGAGAAAAUGCUGGAGAAUGAUUCUGAUGCGUCUUCCGGUGAUGAAACUGACGAGGAAGAAGAUGAGGAUGGGGAAAGUGAUGAUGAAGAGGGAGAAAGCGAUGAUGAAGAAAGUGAGGAAGAAGUACCACAAUUGGUACCAAUCAAGCAGAAAAAGGGCAAAAAGCCUCUUGUAGCUUUGCCUCCCCCUAAGCAAAGUAAAGUACCUCAGCCACCUCAGCCCAUGAAAGCUCAGAAACCUCAACCCAAAAAAGCGCAGAAGCCUCAACCGCCUCAGCAUAAAGGGCCAAAAUCGGCUAAUAUUGCAGAAGCCAAGAAAGCAUCUCCAUCCCAGCAGGGCGUGAAAAGGAAAAACCUCCAACCCGACGUGUCACCCAAAAAGCCCAAGUUUGAAAAGAAACCCAGAAAUAAACAAUUUAAAAAGAAAAAUAAAGUAUAAGUGAUUGUUAAUAUAUAGUGGUAUUUUAUUUUUCUAUUAAAAACGAAAGACAUUUGA